UGCCAAGCGAUGAGUGGUGAAGCCUCACAGCUAAAGUUAAGUUGCUACAUAGUAUGUACAAGCUUGUUUAAACAGUUUUCUUUAAAACAGGGAAAACAUACUUGGAGCUAUCAGUCCUUCCAGCAGCUUUUGCCACCGAGUUUUCAUCGUGAACUCAGUAAGGAAACAACGAGUCACCUGCUUUCCUCUCUGUCGCUUAGCUGCUGCCUCCCAGGGUCCCCCACUGACGCUUCUUUAGCAAAGGCUCCCAGCUGCAAUGAGCUAGCGCUAGAAGAAAACAGAGAGAUGGAGAAGCAUGGUGUUUUAACUACUGAGGUCGUCUCCAGCUCUCUAUCCCAGAUUGGACUUUUUGGCUCUGGGCUGCACUACGUGUAUCAUCACCUGUCUCUGCCUAAUCGCAGUCUCACUGAUGUCUCCAUUCUACGUAAUUACGUCCACCUGCAAAAGCUGGAACUGCCGCACAACAAAAUCAAAGACUUAUCCUGUGUGAGCCACAUGCCUAACCUUGUCAUCCUGGAUGCUUCUCACAAUGAAAUCUUCAACUUCUUUGGAUUCCAGCCACUCAAGAACCUAAAGGAAGUCAAUUUGUCUCACAAUCAUUUGACAAAAAUAAAGGAUUUAUCAGCUUAUUCAUCCCUCAGUAAACUGGAACUGGACUGUAUCCUUAUGGAGAAACCAUUUAUAUUCAUCCAUGUGCAUCAUGCCCAUUCCUCAGACAACCGUUUCAGUGAGAUCAGUGGUCUUGAGCAGUGUUGCCGACUCACCCAUCUCAGCCUGGCACACAACAAGAUCUCAAGGAUCAGCAGCCUGGACAGUCUGCCUCUCACAUACCUCUGCCUUAGGGGAAACCAGCUGGAGAGAAUUGAAGGGUUGGAGAAUCUGAAGAGUCUGCAAGUUCUUGACUUGUCUCUGAACCGCAUCACCAGUCUUUCUGGUCUCCAGAAUCUGUGCCUACUGGGCUCCAUAAACCUGGAGAAAAACCUGAUCACAGAAAUUCAGGAGUGCAAGCACAUUCAUGAUCUUUUCCUGUUGAGGGACCUCAAUCUGCUUGGAAACCCUGUCCAGGAGCAAGAAGACUACAGAAUGUUAGUUGUCUUCCUACUUCAACAUCUUGCUGUUCUGGACCAAGAGAAGGUCACUGCUGAAGAGAAGGUGUCAUCAGUGAAUAAAUAUGACCCCCCUUUGGAUGUGGUGGCAGCCAGAGAUCACAUGACACACAUGGUGUAUCAGCUGAUGCAGUCCCAGGUUCUUUAUGACAGUACCCUGCCCAGUGCGGACUCUCCCUAUCCUAUGCUGGUGCUGACAGGUCCUCAAGGCUGUGGGAAGAGAGAGCUGGGCCACAGACUGUGUCAGGAGUUCAGCGAAUACUUUGCAAAUGGUAUCUCUCAUACCACAAGGGGGCCCUACUUUGGAGAGGAGAAUAGAAUUGAUUACCAUUUUGUCAGUGAGAAGGACUUUCAGAACAUGAUUCACAUGGGUAAAUUUAUCCAGACUAUACAUUAUGGAGGUCACAGCUUUGGUCUGACCAGAGAUGCCAUAGAGGAUGUGGCCAGAGAAGGACUGGCCUGCUGUGUGCACAUGGAGCUGGAGGGUGUGUUCAGUCUGAAGAAAAGUUAUUUUGAGCCUCGAUGCAUCCUGCUCAUCCCCACCCAAGUGGAGAAGUACACGGGACACCUGAAACGCCGUGGUCUCUACACCCAAGCACAGAUUGACAUGGCAGUAUCACGUAUAGAGCUCUACGCCAACACCAACAGGCAGCGGCUGGGAUUCUUCGAUAAUGUUAUCCCCUGUGAUGACUGGGAAGAAACCUACCAGACACUGAGGCAAGUAGUGAAGGGGUACCUGUUGCUAGAGGAGCAGGAGGAAGGAGGCCCUGGCAGCACUUCCACAGGUCACAAGCCUGAGGAGAAGCCACCCCCGACCCUGUCGAGGUCAGGAUCAGGCACUCUUAUGUCACACUCAGCCAGAGCUCUUGACCCUUCAGAUCUUUCCUUUAGACACUAUUUUACCAGGAUCCAGGCCGAGCUCAGCCCUCAGAAGAGUCCCACUGAGUUAGCGUCCAUCAGGAGGCGAGAGCAGCUGGUGAGAGAGGCUAUAGUGGGGAAGAGGCCAGGGGUCUACAGCCAGCUUUUCAAAAGCUCUGCUCAGACAACACCAUCGUCAUUGCUGUCUCAUGAUCCUGGUACCCAUUUUAGUAGGCAUAGUAGCAGCUCAGAUGAGUCCCGUGCCAGUUCAGCGCUGUCUGUGCCCAGUUCAGCUGGAGCAUUGUCUGGCUUAGUGGACCCACUAGAUGCCUCUGUCCUGGGACACACCCUGGGAACACUCAAAGCUAUGUUUCUAUUACAUAAAUUAUUUCCCUCUUCCACCACCUGGCAUCAGACCAAACUUCUGAUGGCCCCCAUCCAGACACAGAUCCACUAUCUGCAGCCGUGUCUCCCUCCUCUGAUAGACACCCUGGAUCCAGUGUCAAACUCAUCCUCCCGCCAAUCCCCGUCAGGCGCAAGACCCCUACAGCACCCAGCCCAGCUCCUUCACCAAAACCCAGCCCAAACCCAGAAGCUGGAGUUGGCAGAGAUGCAAAGAUGGAUUGAUAGCGUUUAACAUUUUGGUUAUCUGACAUCUAACAAAGUGGAAGGAUUCCUGCUUUUUGUAAGAACAGAAUUUUAACAAUAGAAGAAAAUGAACUAAAAUCAACAAAUCUGUAAAUAUGCAACAACUUAAAAUAUCAGCUUGGCCUGUUAAAAUAAU